GUGCCUCAAUCUUGUGUGGAAAUAUUGUACUAUAGUUAGCCUGUAACCGCACUUUUUCCAUACCAAAAACACAAGCAACAAGCAAGAUCGAACGAUUGAACCAGUCACCCAUGCCAAACGACCCUCUUUCCCUCUUUGACCCAUUCGCAAUGUCAUAAAACUGAAAGCCAACAAAAGUGAAGCAAAUAACCCGCAAGCUAUCUAUCUAGCACUAGCCAGUACCGUACAGCUUACUUGUGCUGAUCCCACAUGUCGUCGAUAGACCCAAAAGCAGCAACGUUUCUGGAGCAUGCAAGAACGUUGGUGGAUCGCAAGCGAGAUGCAAUCUUUGCUACUUGGUACAAUGAGCAAGGCCAGGCCACGCAAGACUACAGCUUUGGUCGCUUGUGGGCGGAAGCGGGUGUCAUUGCUUACUUUCUACGGGUGAAAUGGGGACUGAAGAAGGGAGACAAGGUUGUCUUAUGCUACGACUUUGGUCUUCACUUCUUUGCUGUAUUUAUUGGUUGUCUACGUGCAGGAGUCAUUCCCGUGCUAGUAUACCCACCCGCCCCACCCUUGACCAAGUCGUUGCCCAAGCUAGCUAGUGCCGUCCGUAUUUGCUCACCCGUACUGAUCCUCGCAGACUCCAGAGUGGGCGCACUCAAAAAGAUAGACGAACUCAACCCUCUUUCCAAGAGCCGCUUACUCUGGCCGGCGGGGCUCUCAUUCAAGUGCACUGACACACUCCCGUUUCACAAUGCUGCUGGUGCAUGUAGCCAGAAAAACAACUCCACUUGGAAGCAGGCCAUGCAGCGGAAGAAACCCAAAGACAGCCCUGAAAGCUACACGUUUGAUGAACCUACCAUAGGUCCCGAUGAUACAGCGUUUCUGCAGUUCACUUCAGGCUCCACGUCGGAUCCAAAAGGAGUCGUCGUCACGCACAAAAACUUGAUCUCCAAUGCCAGACUUUACCUCGGCGCAUUUGAACGCCAUGGGACUGUCAAAGGAGAUGGAUGGAUUGGUUGCACCUGGUUGCCUCAGUAUCAUGACAUGGGACUACUCUCUGCUACAAUCUAUCCCUUUUGCGGUGGAUGGCGUCAACAUUGCAUGAGCCCCAUCACGUUCAUCAAGAACCCACUUUUAUGGUUGAAAAUCAUGUCCGACAACAACGCCAAUUGGGGGAUUGCGCCCGAUUUCUCAUACCGUCUUUGCGCACGCAAGUUUCUAGACGCCAAAAAGGCAGGGAUCGAGGAGCCAAUUCCCAACCUCGACUUGUCCAAGAUUUGGAAGCUGCAAAACGCCGCAGAACCAAUUCGCAUUGAAACAGUGCGACUAUUUGAAGACACAUUUACUCCUUAUGGCUUGCCACCGGCCAAACAUUGUCUCGUUGGGGUCUACGGGAUUGCUGAAAUGGUAGUCGCAGUAUCCUACACUCUAGAGUUGCAACUCAGCAACCUCCGAGAGGGAGAAGAUGCAGCGCCGUAUGUGGCCAUUGGAAAGAAGGGCAUGUUUCAUGAGAGCAUCACCAUCAAGAUUGUCGAUCCGCAAACGCUGCAAGAGGCGCCAGACAAUACCACGGGAGAGAUUUGGAUUGCAGGGUCUUCUGUCGCGGGUGGAUACUAUGGUCGGCCAGAUCUUACCCAACAAUCCUUUGGAGCUCGUAUCAGGGAUCCCAAUGGCAUGGAAAUACUGGACUCUCCCGCCUUUCUGAGAACAGGUGAUCUUGGCUUUUUCCAAGAGGAUCAUCUGUACAUUUGUGGCCGCCAAAAGGACCUAAUCAUCGUCCAGGGCGUCAACUAUUACCCUCAGGACACAGAAGAUGCAGUGCAAGAAGCAUCUCCUGCUGUAAGACCUGGCUGUGUUGCUGCCUUUUCGACAAAUGAAACAGGGGGCGAUGGUGACCUCCAAAUUGUCUUUGAGAUACGUAAGAACAGGGAAAAUGAUGCUGCAGCCGUGUGCGAAGAUGUCAAGCAGGCAGUCCUCUCUAAGAUCGGCUUAGUUCCAUCUGUCAUUGUUGCCGUGGCUCAGGGCACCAUCAGUAAGACGACAAGUGGCAAGAUCCAGCGAAGGGCCAACAGAGCAAGACUGAACAGCGGGGGUCACGUCGUUGUCCACAGUGUCAACUCUCAACCAGUGCCUCCAACGCCAAACAAUCUGCAGCCCCGAGAGGGUGACCCCGACAAACCGCAUGUGGAACUUGGAGAAUCAGCUACAGCUGCUGCACUCUUUGAUGCUGCUUUGGUCGAUGUCUUGGGUGAAAAAGUUGAUGCAAGCAAAACGUGGGAUGAAAAUGGCCUCACCUCCGUGAUGAUGGUGGAACUUUCGAAUAGGCUUGCAGCCAUUGGAAUUGUGGUUCCAUCCAACUUCCCUGACCUCUACGCAGCCCCUAUCUUGCUAAAACACCACGUCCUGCAAGACCAGACAAACGCAUUUCCUUUGAAGCUUCCACAACUUCCACAACCAGCUUCCAGAGAUCGAGAAAUUGCUUGGUCAUACGCAACAAUCCUGCAAGCAUUCGGGGCUGUUGCAGUACUUCUUUUGGUAGCCACGAGCUUGAUCCCAGCCUACUUCUUUGUCACCGCAAACAUCACAAAGGAUCUUCCCUUCCUACUUCCGUUGAUGGUGCCCGUCUGGUACCUGAGCCUGACCUUUGAACUUAUAGCCAUCAAGUGGAUUGUCAUUGGACGAUACACAGCAAAAGAGAUCUCAGUGCCAUCUAUUGCAUUCGUACAGUGGUGGUUUAUUGACAAUUUCGUGCGUUGUUGGGAAAUCUGGGUGGGAAACUUCCUCCGAGGGACGCCACUCAUCACAGUCGUCUACAAUCUGUUGGGAGCAUCCAUCCAUCCCUCAGCUUCAAUUGAUUGUUUCAUUCGAGAGUUUGACUUGGUGACAGUUGGGGCCGAGUCGUCUUGCGAGCAGCAGCCACGCUGUCGCAAGUUCAGUCCGUGGGAGGAACAGGGCCUGUCACUGCGGUUCCGACCUGUGUCAGUGGGAAUGAACUGCACCGUGGCUGGACAUCUGGAACCAGGGGUUUCGAUUGGGGACAGAUGCCAUGUUGAGAACCUGAGCGCGGUUGCCGAAGGCUCCCAAGUUCCGCCAGCUGCCAUGGCAAUUGGCAGCCCUGCUCGUCAGGGGCAAGAUGCUGCCACUGAGAACGCCAAUCCGCAUUGGUUAGCAAUUGGCUGCAGUAAAGUCGCCUUGCUCUUUGUGCAGCUCUAUCUCUCAGCUGGACUGUUCAUGGUGGCAAACCUCUCCAUUCCUUUUGGGAUUCUUGAUGGAUUCAGAUAUGGAUGGCUUGUCCACCUCUUCUUGGUCCUCCCUGUUUACACAGUGCUCUCUCUGGCAACAACAAUUGCUUUGAAAUGGAUCCUCAUUGGCAAACGUCGCCCCGGGCCAGUUCCUCUUUCGUGGAUUCGGAACGUCAGUGACUGGUUUGCUGAUUACAAUUACCGACUGAGCAUUCUUGUCUUUGAACUCGUUGCAGCCAAUUCAAUAUUUGGGAACUUGAUGCUGAUGACGAUGGGGCAAGACAUUGAUCUAAACUCAAAGGUUUGGCUUUUCCUUUUCCCACCCUCUCAACUGGACUUGGUCACAGUCCGGAAUUCCUUCCUCUCCUUCGAAAGCUUUCGGACCUGCCCCGGAUCUGGCAAAGAGUAUCAGGCAAUUCGUAUUGAAAACAGCAGCAUCGGUCACUCUACCUUUAUUGAAGGUGGUGCUGUGAUUGAAUCGGAACGAAUUCAUCCGCUGUCUUUUGUGCCAUCCACGCACCGUUCUCCAAAAAAGCCGUCCGAAGAAAGAUCACUAGAAUGCGCUCCUCAGCCAGGUGCUUUGUUCUGGAGAAAAGCAUGGUGCGAUGUCUUUGCCGUGUUCUAUGCUAUCACUAUCCUGCUGAGUACCCUGCCAACAAUUGAGGUUUGGAAAGGUCUUGAAACACUUGAGUUCUUGUCCUCGGGAGUCGGCAGCUUUGUCGUCAAGAUAUUCUGUGCAAUCAUUGUCCAAACCGCUUCCUUGUGGGUGUGUUUGAGUCUAGGUUACUUUCUCUUCUCGCCCCGGACAAGUCAGCAUUCCCUGUCAUUGGCAAAGAAUGCCAGGGAGAUGGGCGCCUACGCAGCUACUUUGUCCUUUCAAUCUUCCGUGGAGGCUUGGUCGUUUGUGCAUGUCCUGUGGGGAAGCAAACUGUACAAUCCCUUGAUUCGGUUCCUCGGCGCCAACGUGGGCCAAGACGUUUUGUACUUUGGUGAUGCCAUGUAUGACUGCCACUACUUGACCUUCUCGGAACGAACUGUGGUGGACAGCGUUUCGGUUGUGUGUGGUCAUGCUGGGGUCAAAGAAGGCUUUAUCCUCGGCGAGACUCGAUUAUCUGGAGUAGUGUUGCACCCUGGAGUGAUUGCACUGUCGAAUACUCAGCACCACAGCAGCACCAGUCAAUCCUCAGUUGGACCGGUAUGCUUCAUGGCCCCAUCUGCUCGUGUCGGUGGCCGUGUUCCUCCUUUUGGCUCUGACGAGACUGGCUACUGUAGCCAGUCUGAGGCUGCUGCAGAAAGUCAAGAAGAUGUUGUCUUCGAUGUGUAACAAUGCCACUUGCUACCGUAAAUUAAUAAGCUGAAGUCAACUGCUACCGCUAUCGUAGUAUCGCUGCAUCGCUGCCAAAGGCCAAAGG